CAUAAUGUGGGCAUAAACAAACGUUGAUGUGACCCAGUAUUUUUGAAUUUUAUAAUCAAUAGCAGCUUUAAAAAAUAAUGCAUUAAAAUGAAUUAAAAAUGAUGCAAAAACGACAUUGGAAAGUAAUGUGUAUUCUAGCAUUAUCAAUUUUGCUACUUCAACAGAGACAAUGUAAUGGUUUUCAGCUAAGAUGUCCAUAUAGCUCUGAAUGGAAUAUACGAGCAACACAAACAUGUGGAAAUCUGUCUAAAUACUAUUGUCUUUGGGAUGAUUACCGAAAGGAGUACAAUGAGUCUUGUCGAGACAAGCCAGAACUAUGGCUUGAGGGGACAAAAUGUGUUAUACGCCAAAACCUCGACAGUGAAGACUGCACAUUUGAACGCUUUCAGCCAUUUACAUUUAGUACUGAGGGAUACAGCGACUGCAUAUAUUCAAAAUCUGCAUGUGAAGACAAAGGGUUCGUCAAUCACAACAACGGGUCAGCCACAGAUGACCGUAAUUGUCGGUGUGAUUAUAAUAAUGGAUAUGCCUUCGUUUUGAAACCACGACAUAAUUAUUUCUGCAUUCCCUCUCAGGAAGACUGCUCAUGCUACCAACAUAGGUGCGAAGAGUCAUUCAGACUUACAGCAGAAUACAAUUGUACUAAAGGCGCUAUGGAUAGAUCUUCAAUGAAAGAAAGAUUGCCAUCAACAGAGAAGUCCGACUUUUCAGGCAUCGGUUCAAUCCUUCAAACAGAAACUACGUAUAGAAUUGAUCGAGAUUACUUAACAAACGUCUUCAGGGAUGGUGCACGUGUACUGGUAUUACUCGGAACCAUAACAGCGAUAGGAUGCAUUGUCUUCAUUUUACUUUAUACUUUCGGUCAGCCUGAAUGUUUCAUGGAACAUGAACUUUAUCGGUCAUCCAAAGAUGAAGAAGUUAUACUUCAGUGCAGAAUAAUAUCAUACCUUCCUAUCAAACUAGUGUCCUGGAGUAACAAGUCUACCAAUGAGAUAUUGGUAAAUGACGAAAGAUACACUAUUAUGGAAAAGUCGCCAUUUUCACUUGUUAUACGGCAGGCAAAGGCUAAUUAUUCUGGAUUAUAUGAAUGCACUCUUAAAUCCUGUGUUUUCGGAACGUUUGUUUGUCCUACACAAUUAAAAGUUGAGUCCAACUCUGUAUUUAACAUUCUACCAUCGUACUUUCCUGGGACAGAGGACACAAUUUUACUCGCAUGCAGAAUACCAUCAGUUCCGUUUGAAGUAAAAUCAACCAUAUGGAAAAGGCAAAUUAACAACGAAGUGGUUAACAUUGUAUCUGCAACAAAAUGGAAAGAAAAAUAUUCGGUUAUUUCCGAACCACCAUCAUUAAAAAUAAUGAAUUCAAAUACCGAUGAUACAGGCAAAUACAUAUGCCUUCUUUCCAAUGGAGUUGAACAGAUGAUAACUAGCAUUGUGAUUGACUCACCAGACGUAGUGCCUGAAGAAAAAAACAUAUAUACCUUACCGGGAGAAACGAAAACUUUAAAAUACUACAUCAAAUCUACACUUGCUGUUAGGAAAUUGCUUCAAAAACAGAAAGAUGAUGUAAACACAGAUGAUGUUAUACCCACUGAAGAAGAGGACACAUAUAUGUCAUAUACAAUAGACCAAACUGUGGUAGAAGAUGCAGGAACAUAUAUCUGCAUAGUAUCAAAUAGUUUGGGAACCAAGCGAUUGUCAACUCGUUUGUAUGUUGGAGAACGACCAGAAAUUAUAACAAGACAAACGUCCUUUAAUAUUCCCUGGGGUAAAGAUGUUAUUUUACAUUCCGAAGUUCACUGCGCUCUUACGAAGUUAGCAUGGGAGAAAUCUAUUGGAGAAAACAUUUCACCAAUUGAUACAGAAAAUACUAGUAAAUAUGGAGGCGGGACAAUUGAAUGUCCAACACUGACAAUCAAAAAUGCUGACGUUUUGGAUGAGGGACUCUACACAUGUUAUGCAACAAAUGACAUGGGAACGACUCAAAGCGCAACCAUUUCCCUAACAGUUGAAAGAAGCACGAAUCAGCAAGACGUGUCAAUAAAAUCAGAAAUGUCAGAGCUUUAUCUGACCUUGCAAGAGGAAAACGGAACUGAAAACGAUGAAUGCAAUGCAGAUGCAAGUGAUGGUUUUCCCUCGUCGGCACAAGUUGUACUGCUGGGUGUAGACGCAAAAGAAGCAAGGAGAAAAGCAAGAAAAUUUCUUGAAGAAGAGACUCGCAUUGUUUUAGUUGGAAAAACUGGUGUGGGAAAGAGUUCAACAGCGAAUACAUUACUUGGACGUAGGUUUUUUCAGGCAGGUGAUGACCCUACACCAGUAACAGAAAAAUGUAUGACCGCAAAGGGGACCUGGGGACAUAAACCAUUUCUCUUAAUUGACACACCAGGCAUAUUUGCCAUAAAUGAGAAGGAAAAGGAAACUGAAUUAGAAAUAAAACGGUGUAUCCAUUUAGCAGCACCUGGCCCACAUGCAAUUUUAUUCAUAAUCGAGUUUGGUCGCAUCAGACAAGACGAUUUUGAAUCAAUUAAAACAUUUCUAAAAUACUUCGGAGAAAAACUAAAACAGUUUGUGAUAAUCGUGUUCACACAUGCAGACAAAGUUAAGGAAUAUCAGACGUUGGAGACAUGGCUGCAAAAAGUACCUGAAUUACAAAGGUUUCUAGAUGAAUGUGGAAGACAUUACUGUUUAAUGAACAAUGAGGCUAAUGAGCGAGAUAAAGAGCAAUAUAUAAUGUGUCUAAUGAACGCAAUUGAGGCAGUUAAACUGAAAAAUGGCUUGCUUCAUUAUACUGAUGACGCAAUAAUGAAAGCCGAACGCAGAGUGCAAGGAAAAGAGCGAAUAAUAGAAGAAAAAAUCAGACAGGAACACCAACGAGAAGUAGACGAAAAAAUGAAAAAUGUAAUUCAGUUUACCCAAGGCAGUUCAGAAAACUUAGCAGUAAUCUCUAUAGAGCAACGUGAUCGCGAAUUAAACGAGUUGCAUUAUUAUUACCAAAAGAGGCUUGAAGUAGUUAGAGAAGAAGCGCGUGAUGAAUGCUUGCUUGCUUAUGAAGAGUUUAAAGAAUUUUUCUUCCAAAGAAAAAAAGAAAGGAAGUAAUGAAUUUAAUUUUGAAAAGCUAUGAAGCUCCGUGAUAUAGUUUGUAUGUUAAUAAAGAAUGUUGAACAUUAA